AAGGAGAUAGCGGCGGAGAGAGGAAGAGAGAUGAGCCUGGCGGGUGACUCGCAAAGUGCGGUGGUCGGCUGUUCGACGAAAGGGAGAUAGCGCCAUUAGUUGUUGCUGGGCCGGAGAACGUCGAGCCGAUGCGCGCCACGGCCCUGGCCGUCGACGAAGAAGGGGAAGAGGCGGAGGAGGAAGAGGAGGAGGACGAGGGCAAGGAUAGAGGUGGGCACAACGGGGCCCAAAGGGCCGCGAUGUACCCCUUCAGCUCGAGGGAACGUCGUCCUCGAAUCGGGACACCCCUGAUCUUCUUCCUGGUCUUCGCUUGCCUUUCGAUCGUUGCCGUUGCCUCGCCUCUUCGUCCCGUGUCACCACACAGAGGUAUCACGCACGGCUCUCACAUCGGCUAUUACGAGGUGGCCUCCUAUGAUACCGCGGCCUUGAGACAACAUCGUAACCGGAUGCGUCGCGAUGUCUCCGCCGCGGUCGACAAUCAACCUUUGCUGCUGCAGCUGAAAGCGNNNNUCAGACAAUGGACGCUACGCCUGAUCCGAGACAAGAGUCUGUUCAGCAAGGAUGCGACGUUCGAGAACACCGAUGGCCCUAUCGCCUUCGACGUAUCGCACUCUUACGUGGGCACCGUGUUGGAAGACGAAAAUGCCAUGGUGCAGGGUAUCGUGACGGAGGAUGGCCUGUUCGAUGGCACGGUCGUCACCGCAUUCGAGGAGUACUACAUCGAGCCGACGAACAGAUACUUGAACAAGGAAGAAGACACGUCGCCGCCAUAUCACAGCAUAGCGUAUCGAGUCUCCGACGUCUUAACGCCGCGUAGAUCGUUGCCUUGCGCCAGUCAUCGAUUGCGUCAAUCUACUUCUCACGAUUCCACGGAAAGGGCCAGCAAUCACGGUUACGGGAACGACUCUCGGACGCUUUACGAACCUCUGCUAGGCGAGAGGCAAGCUUUCUACUCGAAGGAAAAUGGCGCACGGGUUUUAACCUCGGACAGAGAUAAGACCGUGGCACGUAUGGAAACAACCAGCGACGGAGAUCGUAUCGCGAGACAUCUACACAAGCGUGCCACUGUGGAUCCACGGAAAACUACCUGCAUGCUCUACCUGCAAGCGGACCAUCAGUUUUUCGCGAGGUACGGCACCGAGGAGGCUUGCAUCGAGGUGAUGACGAGACACGUGCAGAGGGUCAACUCGAUCUAUAAGCAUACCGAUUUCAACCAGGACGGCAGACCAGACAACAUCAGCUUCAUGAUAAAACGUGUGAAAGUUCACAGCGAGGACGCGCUGAGAGAUCCCAAUUAUCGAUUCCCGGGAAACUACGGCGUGGAAAAAUAUCUGGAACUCUUCUCCGAAGAGGAUUACGACGCGUUCUGCUUGGCUUACAUGUUCACGUACCGGGACUUCGAGAUGGGAACGCUGGGACUCGCGUGGACCGGUGACCUGAAAAACGCCGGCGGUGUUUGCGAGAAGAACGGGCACUAUCGCGGCAGCAUGAAGUCGCUCAACACCGGAAUAGUGACUUUACUGAAUUACGGCAAGCACGUACCACCCGCCGUUUCUCACGUCACUUUGGCCCACGAGAUCGGCCACAACUUUGGUUCACCGCACGAUCCGGAACAAUGCACGCCCGGCGGAGAGGAUGGAAACUUCAUUAUGUUCGCUCGUGCUACCAGCGGCGACAAGCGAAACAAUAAUCGUUUCAGCCCGUGUAGCUUGAGUGCCAUAAACCCAGUUUUGAAUAGCAAAGCUCGUUCUCCGAAGGGUUGCUUUACUGAACCGCAAGUAUCGUUAUGCGGGAACGGUGUCAUCGAAGAGGGCGAAGAGUGCGAUUGCGGAUGGGAAGAGGAUUGCAGGGAUUCGUGUUGCUUUCCGCAACGUCGUUAUCCACCCGCAGGCGAAACACCCUGUACGCUCACACCAGGUUCCAUCUGUAGUCCUAGUCAAGGCCCGUGCUGCACUGCCGAGUGCAAUUUAAGAUUCGGAGAUAAGUGCAGAGACGAUAACGGAUGUCGCGACGCGAGCUUCUGCGACGGUCGAUCGCCGUAUUGUCCACCUUCCAUCAACAAGCCCAACAAGACCAUCUGCAAUCGCGAAUUCGUGUGUUUCAUGGGGGAGUGUACCGGUAGUAUAUGCCUUGCAUACGGAUUGGAAUCUUGCCAGUGCAUUCCAGGACCAAAUGAUCCGUCGACGAAAGCGUGCGAGCUCUGUUGCCGUCUUCCCGGAGAAAAUCAACCUUGUUUGUCGUCUUUCGAUUGGAACUCUCCACCCUACGAUAUACCGGACAUGUACUCGAAGCCGGGUACACCGUGUAACGAUUACAACGGAUACUGUGAUGUCUUCCAAAAAUGUCGAGAGGUGGAUCCGAGCGGUCCUCUAGCAACUCUGAGGAAGCUUCUUCUAUCCGACGAAAGCCUAGCCACUUUCCGUCGUUGGAUAAUUGACCAUUGGUACGCGGCCGCUCUGAUCAUUCUGGCCGCUGUAUCGCUAUUGGUGGCGAGCAUGAGGUUACUGGGCAAACGGCCGGAUCUGAAGCUCAAGUCAGUCACGAUAAUACACAGCUCAACGACGGAAACGGUACGUCUUCCACCGGAGGGAACGGAGGGGGUGACGGUGCAUCCACCGGCUGUACGUGCAAAGCUUCCGCUCAGCAGAAAAGUCAGGGAGAAGAGGAGACAUCGCAAGCAUAAGGAUUCUCAUGGGAACGCGGCAGACAAGUCUGGCAAGGAUGUAUCGAAGAAAAAGAAACAACCCCAGUCGCAGGCAAAGAGAUCGUCCGCUAAUGCGACCGAGGACUUUGCUAGAAAAAGAUCGACGGAUGCCACCACUGCGAUGGUUCAAGACAACAAACGGAAGAAAACUUUCGCCAGUCGAGAUAAGCAGAAUUCCAAUGCGAACGCAGCGAGCAAUGCCGACAACGAGAAGAGGAAACGUAAGAAGCAGCAUAAAAAGGAAGUGAUCGAUUAUUCGGCUAUCCAGGCUGAAAAAGAACCCGAGCCAAACGCUGAUCCUAAAAGCAAAGUUCGUUCUUGGUUAUUGGCAUCCUCUCAGUGCCGACCGGAAACAGGAAGAAGCAAUGCAACUGGUCUGCCCAAGAGCAAGUCUACGCCUGUGGGUUUAACCGGGGUGGGAACCAGAUUGCCCGUGACCAGGCAAGUAACUUCGAGGAGACCAGCCGAAUCUAAAGAAACAAAAUUACCGGCAAAUUCAGGGACAAGGAAGGAGAGAGCAAAGCUACAAGUAGUGUAUAAGCCACCCUUCAGGUUCAGCGUGAAACUCCGAAAAUCGGACAAGGUAGCACAGGUACCUGCCUUGGCACCGAACGCGACGCACGCCAAUGGCAGACCAAAGCUUCCGAGAACUGGUGUUCUUCUGAGGACAGCGAAAAAGAAGGACAGAGUCAGAAUCGGCAGGGCCAGACAAAUAGCGCCUACAGGAAUCGGAAACAGUGCGGGUGAUUUACCUGAACCGGCCAAUUCUGAUCUCCAUACCGUUCCUUCUGAUCUCGAAGUGCUACUGUCCGAGAGCGAGUUCCUCUUUUCGGACACGUGACCACGGUUCUUGAGAGACAUUUAGAUCAGUGCAUUUAGAGCAAUCUUUUUAGAGAAGAUUCGUACCGAUUGGAAAUGAAGAUCGGUACGUCGAAGAAUCCCGUCCGCCAAAGUCGCGAAAAAUACAUGUGAAAACCUUUUACAUGCCAUCUCUUGGUUCAGUCUCGAUUUCACUAACGACGAAUACGAUUGCGUACUCGGUGGUGUACGACCGAUAGCUAUAGUCGAUCGUCGAAAAAUCAAAAGAAUUUAUUGUUAGUGAAAUUGGACGUCGAAGAACCAGGUCAUUUUAUCAUAUUAGUCUAAUGGCUGCUGGGCGUGUUUUCAUAAACGUUGACGCAACCCUAAAUGAGCUUCUUCCGUUUUACUAUGCUGGAAUUUAUUUUUUUAUGGGUAUGUGUAACAAGGAGCACGCAUACACAUACGGCGUACGCUUUCGCUCUUUUUCACGUCUUCCUAGUAAUAAGACGACAGUCAGUCGUGCGUUCAAAAUAAUUCACCUCGUGAAUCGUCGAAUUCGUAUUACGAUGUACAAUCGAUCACUAAAAUGAUCCGCGUUCUAUGGAAGUGCUAGUUGAACGAUCCACAAGCCAAGUUUUCUUCUUCCAAAGAAAAGGGGCCAAAUUCGCUUUAAAGAGAGAAAACAAAGAGAGAAAGAGAGAGAGAGAGAGAGAGAGA